CACUUUUAAGACAAUAAUGACAUCAACAAUGAGAUUAAGAUCAAGAAAUAAGUCCAGCGAUGAUAACAUAUUAAUGCAAUCGAUAUGGGAUUACAAGUUCUGGUCAAUGGCUUUAAGUAUAACAUGUGUUAAACUAUUGCUAAUUAAAUCAUAUUAUUCAACUGAUUUUGAAGUCCACCGAAAUUGGCUAUCAAUUACACACAGUUUGCCUAUAAGUCAAUGGUAUUAUGAGUCGACAUCCGAGUGGACACUAGACUAUCCGCCACUGUUUGCAUGGUUUGAAUAUCUAUUAUCACUGAUUGGCCAGUAUUUCGAUGAAAAUAUGUUGAAAAUAGCUGCCACUGGCUAUAUAAGCGACCAGACUAUCCUAUUUCAACGUUUAACAGUUAUCGGAUCGGAUCUGGUCUACUAUUAUUCGGUAUUUGAAUGGUGCCAAUUGAUGGGCAAAUUAAAAGCUAACCGAUCGGGUAGACAAUCCUUAGGCGAUCAAUGGUUUCAUCCAAAUGUAAUGCUAGUAAUGCUAUUCCUAUGGAAUCCGGGCCUACUGUUGGUCGAUCACAUCCAUUUCCAAUACAAUGGUCUACUAAGUGGUAUACUAUUGCUAUCGAUGGCCCGUAUUGUACAGAAACGUGAAGUAGAGGCCAGUCUAUGGUUUUCGAUACUAUUGAAUAUGAAACACAUAUACAUGUAUAUGAGUCCAGCAUUUUUUGUCUAUCUAUUGCGUAACUAUUGUUUCGAUCGGCACCGUAAGUUUCGGCCAAUUAAUUUGGCUAAACUGGCCGUAACAGUACUAUCGGUAUUCGCCAUAUCUUUCGGUCCGUUCGUAGCUAUGGGCCAAUUGAAUCAAUUGGUCAGCCGAUUGUUUCCCUUUCGGCGUGGACUCAGUCACGCCUAUUGGGCGCCAAAUUUUUGGGCCCUCUAUAAUACUGUCGACAAAUCGCUGGGUACGGCCUUAAAGAUCAAAUCAAAUACCACCACAUCAUCAUCGACGAUGACAUCAGGACUGGUCCAACAAUAUGAACAUCAGGUGCUGUUCAAUAUUGCACCGAUUGUUACCUUUAUAUUGGUUAUAGUGGCCAUAAUGCCAUCGCUAUAUACACUAUGGAAGCGAAGUCAUCAAAACUAUUCCCAUAUACUGUUCCUCCGGUGUGUAGUACUGUGUGCCUACAGUUCCUAUAUGUUCGGUUGGCACGUACACGAAAAAGCUAUACUAUUGAUAACCAUACCGUUAACACCAUUGGCAAUGAUAACCAAAUGGGACGGCAAAUGGUUUGCCUGGAUAUCCAUUGUUGGCAACUAUUCACUGUUUCCACUGCUAUUCAAAGAAUCGGAAACUAUAACCAAAAUAGUAUUAUUACUAAUAUAUUCAAUAUAUUCAUUGAAAAGUCUAGAUAUCUAUCAUAGGAUAUCAUCAUUCAAUACAAGCAAACAUUAUAGCAAUAAUGAUAAUACAAAUAGUUUUUUUUCAAUUAGUUUUCCACUAAUGAAUUCAAUUGAAACAAUGUAUUUGUUAGGACUGAUUAGUAUUCAAUUGAUUUAUUCAAUCGGUUGUCCACUGUUUGCUAUUUGUCAUCAAUCAUAUCCAUUCAUACCAUUAAUGUUGACAUCAUUUUACUGUAGUCUCGGACUAACCUAUUGUUAUUAUAAUUAUUUCAGGACAAUGCAUAUUAUUAAAGCUUAAUUAAUUA